CAUGAAAUAAUCUUAAACAAAGAGGAGAGAAAAUCCACUGACAAAUACCACGUCACAAGAUGUCCACCGCCGCCACCACCGGCGCCUCCAUGAACCUCCCGGGCCUCCGCCCAACGCCACCACCCGCACCCGCUCCUCCACCCGCCUCGGUCACCCAACCCGGAGCCGGGACAGGGCCAGACUCCGACGCGUCCGCAACUCGCAAGUUCAAGGGCAGCGCCCAGCUGAACCGGUGGUCCAGGGCCCGCACGAUUCGGUCCGGUCGGAAGCUGGACCGGCCGGUCCAGAAGUCCCAGGCGGCGGAGGGUCCGGGUCCUCAGGCGGCGUUGCUCGACGGGUUGUCGGGGAUGUCGGGGGACGCGGAGGGUUCGACUGGGAGCAACAGCGAGGAUUACGUGGAGUUGAUGGCGACGGCGGGGAAGCAGAUAUACAUGGUCUCCGACGGGACGGGGUGGACGGCGGAGCACUCCGUUAACGCCGCGUUGGGCCAGUUCGAGCAUUGCUUGGUGGAUCGUGGGUGUUCUGUCAAUACCCAUUUGUUCUCUGGGAUAGAUGAUGUGGAGAGGCUGCUCGAGAUUGUAAAGCAAGCAGCGAUAGAAGGUGCAAUGCUUGUUUACACCCUUGCUGACCCUGAGAUGGCUGAAUCAGCAAAACAAGCCUGCAAGCAUUGGGGUGUGCCAUCCACCGAUGUCCUUGGCCCAAUCACUGAGGCCAUUGCUUCUCAUUUAGGUGUCUCUCCUUCUGGCCUUCCCCGCGGUGCGCCAGGGAGGAGCUUCCCUCUCACGGACGAGUAUUUUCGAAGAAUUGAAGCGAUUGAGUUUACAAUAAAGCAAGACGAUGGUGCAUUGCCGAAAAACUUGCGCAAGGCAGAUAUCGUCCUUGCUGGCGUUUCUCGAACGGGAAAGACGCCAUUAUCCAUUUAUUUGGCUCAAAAAGGUUACAAAGUUGCAAAUGUGCCUAUUGUCAUGGGUGUAGAGUUGCCAAAGACUCUGUUUGAAGUAGACCCAGAGAAGGUAUUUGGCCUCACGAUCAAUCCUGUUGUCUUGCAAGCGAUAAGAAAAUCCAGAGCUAAGAGCUUGGGCUUCAGUGAGGAUGCUCGGAGCAAUUAUUCAGAGAUGGACUAUGUCAGAGAAGAACUGGAGUUUGCUGGGAAGAUUUUUUCCCAAAAUCCAGUUUGGCCUGUCAUUGAGGUGACGGGAAAAGCAAUUGAAGAAACUGCAGCUGUUGUUUUGAGGCUUUACCAUGACAGGAAGCAAAGAUGCUCAAUGCCAAGAAUCUCAAAGCGAUAUUAAAGAAGAGGAAGACAACUUCCAAGUCCUCACAUACUAAGAUGAGAUGCUAUACUGCACCAAAAGGAGUCCUUUGCUGCUUGAGCUUUCAUUCCCGUAUCCGAGCAAGGUUUGGUUUCAAAGCAAAGAGUGAUCUGACUGUAUGCUAUCAAUUUUUGUGAAUUUCACCAACAAUCAUACUCAAGCAUCAUGGUUGUUCCAAUAUGUUUUUCUUCCAUUUCAGCCACAUAGUUGCUAUGGGGGAGAAAGCGUUGCCAAUGCUCCUGCUGAGGUCAUCUUGCUGCUGUAGAACAAUAAGUAAUAAUACCUACCUACAGAGUAUUUAAGCAUCCUCGUACCCUCAUGGAUGCAAGUUGUAUGUUUGUAAAUAGCAUUAAUAAUAUGUCUCUCGUCUCUUGAAGGAAAACGCAAUAUCAGUAAAAUCAUACGGCAAUCUGCUGUUGGAUGAAUUAAAUGCAUUGUUGGUAUUGUUUCUUAGUUC